UGUCUGGUCUAUAGCUCUCAUGAGACACAGGGCAACCGAUGCCAGUUCGCAGAUAUGCCACUUCUCAACAUACGACCACCCCGUCCCAACGCGGACAAAUAUUUUCAGGAUCAGAAUGGUAGUACAGAUGGAGGACAGGAUGAUGUAGACACUCCCAUUCCCCUUCUCACAUGGCGCUCCUUUGUCAUGGGGAUAUUCGUUUCCAUGGGUGGGUUUUGCUUCGGGUAUGACACUGGUCAAAUCUCGGGAUUUCUAGAGAUGGAGGAUUUCCUUCGUCGCUAUGGCGAAUUGGGCUCUGACGGGGCCUAUCACUUUUCCAACGUACGAUCCGGGUUGAUUGUCGGGUUGUUAUCAAUCGGCACCUUGAUUGGGGCACUGGUUGCUGCUCCCAUUGCAGAUUGGAUCGGUCGAAAAUGGUCCAUCAGUGCCUGGUGCACCAUGCUCUGUGUCGGAAUUACCGUCCAAAUUUCCUCUCCAACCGGCAAAUGGUACCAGAUCGCGAUGGGACGCUGGGUUGCUGGUCUGGGAGUCGGAGCCCUAUCUCUUCUAGUCCCCAUGUACCAAGCAGAGUCCGGGCCCAGACACAUUCGAGGUUCUUUGGUUAGUACCUACCAAUUGUUCAUCACCCUGGGUAUCUUUGUUGCCAACUGCAUAAAUUUCGGCACCGAGAGUCGGGACGAUACCAGUUCGUGGCGUAUCCCCAUGGGAAUUACAUACCUCUGGGCGAUCAUACUGGGCGCCGGUAUAGCGUUCUUCCCAGAAAGCCCGCGAUUUGACUAUCGCCAUGGCAAGGUGGAUAGAGCCGUGUCUACCCUCUCCAAGAUGUAUGGUAUUCCUAAAAACCACCGCGCACUCAAGAUCGAGUUCGAUGAAAUCAAGGAGAAGUACCAGUUGGAGGUCGAACGAGGCAAAGUCACCUGGGGCCAACUGUUUCGUGCUCCACGCAUGAAAUAUCGUGUUGCCGUGGGUGUUGCGCUUCAAGCUCUACAGCAGCUCACCGGGGCAAACUACUUCUUCUACUACGGCACUACCAUCUUCCAAGGCGCCGGGAUUCAAAAUAGCUACGUCACGCAAAUGAUUCUGGGCGGAGUUAACUUUGGCACCACAUUCCUCGGCCUCUACCUGAUUGAAAACUAUGGCCGCCGUCGCUCCCUCAUCGCCGGAGCCUUAUGGAUGUUUGUGUGCUUCAUGGUCUUCGCCUCCGUCGGUCACUUCCUCCUCGACCGACAGGAUCCGUCCAGUACCAAGACUCCCGGCGUCGUGAUGGUGGUUUUCGCCUGUCUUUUCAUCCUCGGAUUUGCUUCAACAUGGGGUCCAAUGGUCUGGACAAUCAUUGCGGAGCUUUAUCCCUCGGAAUUUCGAGCCCGCGCGAUGUCCCUGGCGACAGCUUCCAACUGGCUCUGGAACUUCCUGUUGGCGUUCUUUACCCCGUUCAUUACGAGCGCUAUUGAUUUCAGAUUGGGGUACGUUUUUGCAGGCUGUCUAUUCCUCGCCGCUGGUCUGGUAUACUUUGCGGUUCUGGAAGGACGGGGCCGCACCCUGGAGGAGAUUGAUACCAUGUAUGUCAUGAAGGUCAAGCCAUGGAAGAGCUCCAAGUUUGUCUUCCCGGAGUCGGCUUCUGGGGAGGGCCAUUUUAUCCCAGAGAAACGGUCCGUAUCUCACGAUUUUACGGCGGAGGGUACUGCAGAACAUAUUGCAAAUGCCCAAGAGACGGCCUAGGUGGACUUGGGAACCCUUCUUUUCGAAUGCAGCUCAUUGACUUAAUUUCUGAUUGUUAACAUUUGAAUCUUCGUGUAUAUAUAGUUUGUCAACUUGACCGUUCAGCUAAAAAGGGGUCUAGAGAACAAUUUCGUCC